CCGAUGCAGCCUCCCUUCUUCACAAACAAGCCUUUCCGGUGGGUCGUCAGGUCGUCAGGUCGUCAGGCAGCCGUGCAAGCAACAGCGGCGGCAGCACCCGGGCAUGGCGGAGGACGGGCCGAAGCAGCCGCAGCUCAGCAUGCCCUUGGUCCUGGACCAGGACCUGACCAAGCAGAUGCGGCUGCGCCUGGAGAGCCUGAAGAAGCGCGGGGAGAAGCGCCAGGACGGCGAGAAGCUGCUGUGGCCCGCCGAGGCCGUGUACCGCCUGGACUUCGUCCGGCAGCAGAAGCUGCAGUUCGAGCGCUGGGACGUGGUGCUGGACAAGCCGGGCAAGGUCACCAUCACGGGCACCUCCCAGAACUGGACGCCGGACCUCACCAACCUCAUGACGCGCCAGCUGCUGGACCCCGCUGCCAUCUUCUGGCGCAGGGAGGACUCGGACACCAUGGAUUGGAACGAGGCCGAUGCCCUGGAGUUCGGGGAGCGCCUGUCGGAUCUGGCCAAGAUCCGCAAGGUCAUGUACUUCCUCAUCACCUUCGGCGAGGGCCUGGAGCCUGCCGACCUCAAGGCCUCCGUGGUCUUUAACCAGCUCUGAGGGCAGCUCCUGGCUGCCACCCCCUCCCCAUGCCUGCCCGCCCCAUCCCCUGCCCGUGCCCCCUUCCCCGAGGCGUGUGUUUGAGGACAUUCUUCUAGCUGCUGGCCUGUACUCAGCUUGCCCGGGACCCCCUGAGCCUGUGUCCUUCCUCCUCUCCUUUCCCGGGUGCUGGCGCUCCUGCUCCUGGGAGGAAGAUGCAGAGGCCCUAUAGUCUGGAAGCUGACCCGACUGCUGCUGCUUCUGCUGGAGACCAUGGAGGCCCGGUCGGGGCCUAGGGCAUCUGCCCUCUCUCUACUUCGUUGUCCGGAGAGCGACUCAGAGAGAACGAGAGAGACAGACAGACACCAAGAAAGAGAGAUCCAAAGUGCCAGCCAUUGGGCUUCCUUGGGAGACGGAGAGACAGACGACGGAGCAGCCCCCCUGGGGAAUCCGCAAGCCUUUGCUGCCCUCCUGGCUGCAGUGCCCUUCGCUGAAGUCCAGAGGUGCACAGUGAGCCUGAGGACCCAGGAAGGUACUGCUCCUGGCCCGGGCCUGGCACGGUCCCAUGACGCCUCAGGGGCCUCAGGACUUCAGGCAGCAUUGCCGUGGGGGCUGAUUUGGGGCAGUGGGGAGCGGCUGACAGGCUCGAGGCUGUGCUUGCCCAUUCUUGCUCCUCUGAGAAGGACUCCAGGAGGGAGAAGUGCCAGGGACGAGACAGAUGAAAAAGUUACAUAGAGAUGCAUCUGUCUAUACCUGUGCAUAUAUAUUGAGAGAGAGCGUGCAAUAUUCAUGUGGUUGUGUUCCAGAGUCUGUACCUGCCCUGCGAGCAAGUCUGAUUUUAGAUGAUCUAUUAUGUAUCGCCCAGCUGGCUCAUGGGUGGCCCUUAGCAGGGGAUUGGUCAGGAUGACCUUGGGGAGGGGGGCCUCCUGAGCUGAGAGCCUUUGAGGUUCAUACCGUGAAGCAGGGAACAGCAUAGUGAAGGGGUUUCCCUCUGCCUGGGGGAAGCAGGGUAGAGGGGUCCAGAGCCCUGGAGCUGGAGACAUUAGAUUGUUUGGGGCCUCAGGUGUCCCUGCUGGGAUGUCAGGUUUUUUCCAGGUCCCUGGGCAGGAAAGGCACAGGCCCAGGGGGCACCUCAGGAAGUGCCUGUCUCCAGGCCAGCCCUGUUUUUUUCCUUUGCUGUCAGGAACAGGCCCAUGACAUUUUCCUCACGAAGCAGAGCCACUGAGGGCCGUGGGGCCCUGCGAACAGACGCACCGAGAGACAGAGGGCGAGAGCCAUCCUCAGUGGUUGGGGCUGCUGGGAGGGUGAGCUCCCACUCUGGAGGCAUGCAAACAGGAGUGGGGUGUUGGAGUUGGGAUCCUUUAGGUGGGGAUUGGCUGUGGUCCUUUCUGACUCUCCGCUCUCGGGCCUAUUCCUGGCUGGGCUUGCCCGCCCAUCUUCUCUGUUGACAGCUAGGGGUGUCCAGACUCCUGGAGAUGGCUUUGCCCUUCGCCUCUCUGCUUGGCCUCCCCCUGCAGCUCGGGGGACCCUCUUGGUGCAGACUGCCUGUACCCACAUCCCCCCCAUGCACUGUGUGUCCCUA